AUGCUGGCUCAGAGACUACUACUAUUCCGAUUUCCGGGGAAGGUCUUGGCCCGUUGUCGACAACACAGUACAGGCAUACCCCACUCCUUCACACAGCUUGUCCCUUUGUCGAGUUUGACACGCGAUGAGAUUGGUCACUCCAUUCUCUUCUGCAAGGAAACAAUGCCUCCUGGUUCUCCAAAAAGUCCACACGAUACUGUAGCUACCGCUGUUUUUAUCACAAAGUCCUCUCAUUGUCCUCGUCGGUUGCGGGUGUGA